AGAUAUGUCAGUCUUGCCCUUUGGUUCUAGACGCCCCUGUGCUCCUGGAGGAGUCCAAGUGCACUGUGGUGAGAGAGGGUGUUCAGUGUGUUUGCAUGGCAACCGGCAAUCCUGAACCGACUAUUGAGUUCUACCUGCCCGACGUCAACAUCACCAUCAAUGAGACAGAUAAACGCUAUAACUACUACAUGCACACGGAUGGACACACGUCCACGGGCAUGAUCAAGUUACGGGAGAAAGGAGAGCGGGCUGGCAACGGCGGUCCCAAUGUGCAUUGUAGCAUCACCAACAUGUACGGGACAGAGAGUGUUCAUCUAGAGUUGCAGCAAGAGAAGAAGUACAUGAUGGCUGUGAUAGUAGGCACCAUCGGGGGAGUUGCAGUCAUAGCCUUCAUCAUUGCAGCAGUAAGAUACGUGGGCCACAACAACAAAAAAGAGAAUGGCAACCCUGGGCAGAACCUGGUCUCUAAUCUGGAGAACCCAGCAUUGUUCUACAGCGCAGUCAAGAAGGACAAACACAGUCUGAGGAAGAAAGUGCUUAAGACUGAGCUGCUGGGCUCAAAGUUUAACUCCAUUCUAGAGGAGAGCACGGGAGAAGAGGGGGAUUAUCAACAUGUGGGCUCUCUUGCAGACCUGGAGAGGACAGAAUUGAACUACGCUGCCCUCGAGUUUAUUGGGGGGCGAUCUAGGGAUACCUCGGCUUGAUGGGACACAGUGGCAGUCAUGUGCCCCUUUCUUCUCCCCCCCCCCUUAACUGUGUCUUCCUCCACUCUGGAUAACAAUUGUAUUCAAAGAUUGUUAAUAUCUUACUGUACCCCGCCCCCCCCCCCCCCCCCCUCCAAAAUUCAGCUCCACCCAGUUCUGCAAGGGCCACCCCAGUCAUACCUCUCUAUCUGGAUCUGCUGGUACUUGCUGGACCAGAGCACAGCCCAGUGGACAAUG